AUGUCAAUGUUGUCAUCAGAACUGGAUCCAUACAGGAUUCAGUUGAAGAAUGUCACCGAAGUCACCAUGUUUAUAUUACUGGGUUUCACAGAUGAUUUUGAGCUUCAAGUCUAUCUCUUUCUACUAUUUCUUGCAAUCUAUAUUUUUACUCUGGUAGGGAAUCUGGGACUGGUUUUAUUAGUAGUGAUUGAUUCCAGACUCCACAACCCAAUGUACUAUUUUCUGAGUGUAUUAUCUUUCUUAGAUGCCUGCUAUUCUUCAGCCAUAACCCCAAAAAUGUUGAUAAAUUUCCUGACAGAGCAUAAAGUCAUUUCAUUCCUCGGAUGUGCUACACAGAUGCUGUUCUUUGUCACUUUGGGGACCACAGAAUGCUUCCUCUUGGCAGCAAUGGCAUAUGAUCGCUAUGUUGCAAUCUACAACCCACUUCUCUAUUCAGUUAAUAUGUCACCCAGAGUCUAUGUGUCACUCAUCACUGCUUCUUAUGUUGGUGGUAUUUUACAUGGUAUUUUACACACAACAGCAACCUUCAGCCUCUCCUUUUGUGCAUCCAAUGAAAUCAGACAUGUCUUUUGUGAUAUGCCUGCACUCCUUGCUCUCUCCUGUUCUGACACUCACAUCAACCAGCUUCUACUCUUCUACGUUGUAGGUUCUGUUGAGGUAGUCACCAUCCUGAUUGUCCUGAUCUCCUAUGCUUUCAUUGUGUUGGCCAUUUUUAGGAUGCGUUCUGCUGAAGGGAGGCGAAAAGUAUUUUCCACUUGUGGUUCUCACUUAACAGGAGUGUCAAUUUACCAUGGAACAAUCCUUUUCAUGUAUGUAAGGCCAAAUUCUAGCUAUUCUUUGGACCAUGACAUGAUAGCAUCUAUAUUUUACACUGUUGUUAUUCCCAUGCUGAACCCCAUCAUAUACAGCUUGAGGAACAAGGAUGUAAAAGAAGCAAUGAAAAAAUUGCUUGAUAGAAAUUGGUUCAUAAAUAAAGUAUAUUUUUAG